UGCAACUAUAUAUAUAUAUAUGUAUUAUGUAUAUUUAUAUAUAAAUAGAUGGUAUAUAUGCCAACCCACUUCUCCACUUUCGAUAAUAUAUCCUUCUUCCUGCUCUCUGCACAACAACACGCGCACAUCCAUUCUCAAGAACAACCACAGACUAAGAGGAAGGAUGGGCAACUGCAUAAGGCACGAGUCCCCAAUGCAGUGGGGCGGCGACAACUGGAGCUCUGCGGCCGGGGAUGAGGAAGAGGAGGAACUGGCAUACGGCCUCAAUAUGGCCAAGAGCCUAGAAUCCCAGUCGCCGGCCGCGGUAGAAAUGGUGAAGGUCAGGAUCACGAAGAGGCAGCUGGAGGAGCUGCUGGGAAAAGUGGACGUGAAGGAGCUGUCCGUACACCAGGCCGUGACCCAGCUGCUUAGCGCCGCAGCUGUCUCCCACCACCGGACGUGGCGACCAGCACUGCAAAGCAUCCCGGAGACUAAUUAGCAUCCGUUUCCCCACCACUGGCGGUGGCGGGGCGGGGACCCUGGGGCUGGGUGAGGACUGCUGCUGACCUGAUCCUAUGAUCUCCUGCAAAAUUCUUUUAUUCCAAGCUUAUUUUGGACGAAUUUGCUAAUCUUGUAAAGUUUGGGGAGUGAAGAGAAAGAAAUGUCGUUUAAAGGGGUCCCAGGGACAUUUUUCCAGCUAUUGUAAAUAUAAAAGGUUAAGGAAUGAGACCAAUUUUUGUUCCUAUC